AUGACACCUCCAGCUGUUUCGAGACCAAGUGAAAGAGGGGUCUUGAACCUUCUGAUUGCCCUCACCACUCAGAAUAGCAGCCUGGACAGCAGCACCAUAAGCAACAGCUUCAUCGGGGUUAAUGCUCUUGCAAAGCUCCUUGCCAUUGAAAAAGUCCUGCAAAAGCUGCUGGACUUUAGGGAUCCUAGUCGAACCUCCCACGAGAACAACAUCGUGGACCGUGCUCUUGUCCAUCUUGGCAUCUCUCAAGCACUUCUCAACUGGCUCCAUACACUUUCUGAACAGGUCCAUGUUGAGCUCCUCGAACCUUGCACGAGUUAUGGUGGAGUAGAAAUCAACGCCCUCGUAGAGAGAAGUCCUCUUCGCACGUUCACAAGCUGUCCUCAGCCUUCUCAAAGCCCUCGGGUUUCCAGUUAUGUCCUUCUUGUGCUUCCUCUUGAAUUCCUGGACAAAGUGGUUGACCAUCCGGUUAUCAAAAUCCUCCCCUCCGAGAUGAGUGUCACCAGCUGUGGCCUUCACCUCGAAUAUUCCCUCCUCAAUGGUCAAAAGGGAGACAUCAAAGGUGCCACCACCAAGAUCGAAAAUCAGAACAUUUUUCUCCCCAACGCUUGUGGCCUUCUUGUCAAGACCAUAGGCAAUGGCAGCUGCUGUGGGCUCGUUGAUUAUGCGCAUGACGUUAAGGCCUGCAAUGACACCAGCAUCCUUUGUGGCCUGGCGCUGGGAGUCGUUAAA